AAAGUCAAUGCCAGUAUUGUAUUUAGUAUUGCAUAUCUCGUGAGUGGUAUUGAGAAAAACUGUAGAAUUUUUCAGCAAACUGUGAGUUCAUUUGAUGAGAUGCUUAUAGAUGAUAAUACAGACAAGUUGGCUGUGGAAGCUGAUGACAGCAAUACUGGCAAUGAAGACUUUUCAUUAAAUGAUGAUAAUAUAGACUUACUUUUUGUAAGGGCUCUGAAUACUUUAGCCAAUGUAUAA